AAUAUUCUGGAAAUUUUGAUUCCUUAGCAACCAAACGGUCUUUCAUAUAAGAAACCUGCUUCUAGAAGCUUAAGGUCGCUUGAUAUUGGUAAACUAGAGCUAAAUGUUUGCAUCUGCUUCCGAUUUGAUUGAUGCAAAAAAAAAAUUUUUUUUAAGGAUUUUCUUUCAUUUAUCUUUGCACUUACUUUUUUGACGCUUACUAAGCAUCUUCAUAUGAUUAUAAUUUUUAUUUUGUUAUUUAUUCUUUUUUUUUCUUGUAUAUAAAUAUAUAAGCUAGCAUGGUUUAAAGGCAUCUUCAAGUGGUUGCUUAUUUAGUUUGGUGUAUUUUUAUGUUGUAAAAUUGAGAUAUUGGGGCAUUCUGUUUCCUUUGGAUAGUUUGUGGAGGAAAUGUGCUCUCCAUGGCUUCUUCAUGACCACUUAGAGAAAAUUAUGCUUGUGUUGGAAGGGUUUGAGGAGCAAACACUUGCUCUAUCUGUUAUAUACACACUUACUUGAACAUUUCCUCGCUAAACAUUUCACAUUCUUAUUUGGUAAAUGAUUUAUUCUAAUUUUGCUUAACAAGUUCAGAAUGCAAUGGAUUUGGUGCUGGCGUUUGGAACUACCUUUAUUGUUGUUAUGCCAAUGCUGUUGACUAUCACGUUCUAACUAGCAAACUUUGCCACUACUCGCGUUCAUCAUCUUUUUAUCAACUAAUUAAUAGUAUAUCUAUUUUCUCUGUUUUCUUUCUUCAAAGUUGCAAUAAUUUAGUGCGUUUUGAAACUUUGAAUGUACUGUGUACCUUUUUCCUCAGUAUGAUUUUUGAGUGCCACAGGCCCUUUGAAUUUGGUAUCAUUUCCAUCAGCUAAUGUUCAAAUUUGGAUUCAGAUCAGUGACAAAAUGCCUGAGAUUCAGUUGGGUGCUCACACCUUAAGAUCCCAUGGAGUCAAAGUUGCCAGGACACAUAUGCAUGACUGGCUGAUCCUUUUGCUUCUUGUAGUGAUAGAUGUCAUUUUGAAUGUUAUCGAACCAUUUCACCGAUUUGUUGGGAGAGAUAUGAUGACAGACCUGUCAUACCCACUGAAAGAUAAUACUGUUCCCUUUUGGGCUGUUCCAAUUGUUGCAAUAUUGCUGCCUUUUGUCAUCAUUCUUGUCUAUUACUUUAUCAGAAGGGAUGUCUAUGAUCUGCACCAUGCUAUUCUGGGCCUUCUGUUUUCUGUGCUUAUCACUGGAGUUAUAACUGAUGCAAUUAAAGAUGCUGUUGGCCGUCCUAGACCUGACUUCUUUUGGCGUUGUUUCCCAGAUGGCAAGGGGGUGUUUAAUAAUGUUACAACUGAUGUUAUGUGCACUGGAGUAAAGAGCGUCAUCAAGGAAGGACACAAAAGUUUCCCUAGUGGACACACUUCUUGGUCCUUUGCAGGUCUUGGUUUUCUAUCAUGGUACUUAUCUGGAAAAAUCAGGGCUUUUGAUCGAAGGGGCCAUGUUGCAAAGCUUUGUAUUAUUUUUCUACCAUUACUUGUAGCAGCUCUUAUAGGAAUUUCUCGAGUCGAUGACUAUUGGCAUCACUGGCAGGAUGUAUUUGCUGGGGGUCUUAUAGGGCUGACAGUUGCUUCAUUUUGUUACUUGCAAUUUUUCCCUCCCCCAUAUGAUAUAGAUGGCUGGGGACCUCAUGCAUACUUUCAGAUGUUGGCAGAAUCUCGGAAUGGGUCUGAGUCUUAUAAUAACAUGAAUUGCCUUAAUGUGCGGCAAUCAGAGCUUCAGAGUGUAUAUAUUGAUUCUCAACAUCAGAAUGUCCUUAAUCGGGACACAAGCCCCAUUCUGGAGGGAGCAGAGGGUGAGAGGAGACAUUGACUUCAGGUUUUGACAAAAGAAGGGAUACCAUAUGUGACAUAUCCAUACCAUGUAAACUGAAUAGAAUGUGUUCCUUUACAUCUGCAGAUAUCCACACUUUAUAUGUUAGCUUGGCUCAUCGCUGAACCUACUCUUUUUAGCGUGAUUCGUUGAUUCAAUUUAAGCGUUUGGCUGUUUCAUA